CAUGCCGCCCUCGUGAUGCGUGCUGGCACGUAUGGAUUAUAAAUCGGACAAUUUCCCAAUUUACCCGUCCAGUUGGGUGCGGAAGCGCCUCGUUAUUAGCAACUACAGCAACGGCGUCUGACGGAUUAACAAGAUUCAAAAUUUUGUGUGCGAGGCGAAAUGUAUUACCCUAAAAUGGAUGUUUUGGUGCUGGUGGUGCUUCUUCCGAUGAUGGCAAGCAUAAUGGCGCAAGGGGACCAAGCGGAGUACGUCAUCGACAUUGAAGAUUUCUUCCAGGAUUGCGACAACGGGAAACCUUUUCCGGCCAUCAAGCUGGAAGAUUUCGAAACGUUACAAGACGAUGAAGGAAACUCGCUGAUGAAUGGGAACUUGAUAUUCGCCGAUGAGUAUAAUGAUCCAAUUGAGAUGAAAAUAUACUCCACUCGACAGAAACAGGGCUCUUGGGUAGAUGGCGAAAUAUCUCGCGACGUGAUGAACGUCUGUCCGCUUAUCAUGAGCUCUUCGGAACCCUGGUAUGUGAUAACGUCUGCCAUGAAGAAACAGGACUGCCCAUUUGAAGCUGGACACACCGAAAAAUUUGAACUGCUUCCGAUGGGUGAUAUGGGUUUUGGCUCCAUUCCGGAGUCGUUUGCUGGCAACUGGAGGCUGUACGUGGAAAGCACUACCCAGAGAGGCGCUGAAAAGGUAACCGAAUGCUUCAGAGUUGCGUUUAGUAUUAUUGAAAAAUAGUUCAGAUGGUAUUUUGCGUUUGGAGCGUUGGACAACAGGGGUUUCAUUGCACUUUAACUUUGGGUUUUUAAAAAAUAGUUAGGACGAAUUAUCUAAAUUCUAAUACUGCACUUAUCUACUACUACUUAGUACUGAGUACUCGACUUGAAGACGACAUAGCAUGGUUUUACGCGUUUAGUAAGAAAAAUGUUAGCAGAAAAUCCAUUUAGCAUUGUAGGGCUUAAUGAGUACAUUUGGAGUAUCAGGGACAUACCUUAGGGUAAUAAAUAUUCAAUGCAUGACAUUUGCGUACUAUUUGAGUGAGUAAUGUUUUUAACAAUAAAGAGCACACAAAAAUAUA